AUGGACUCGUCAACUUCGACCUUCUCUCCAGAACGCUGCGCGAAUCUACACAAUCAGCUCCUCGCAAAGGCAACCGAACAUAGCCCAGAUGUACAAAUUGAGCAAACUCUUUCAGCUCGCUUUUUAGACAUAGCGCCCGAAUUCACUGAAGUUCCCUCUCUGGACGAUUUACCGCUGUACCGCUUUUUACGCCUGGUUAAUACCACGCCACCAGCCUCGAAUGGAGGCGUGGAUCUAUUAACUCCAUUCACGUACCAGCCAGACCCAAGGACAUUCUGGACUGACCGUGUCAGCCACGAGCCGUCUUUCGUUCUGCUCUAUGGUCAAAAUAACGGUGAUUCGCCUAUCGACGGCGGAAUCUAUGUUGAUAUCCUGUCGUAUCAGGCCGUCUGGCAUAGCGGCAACUCACCUCGUUUCCCCCCUUCUGAUCAGUGGCUACCGCUAGAGGUGAUAUUGCAGAAGUCACUAGAUGCAUGGACUACCGGCAAGUUCUAUUGGGAUGCACAAGAGGCUACCAUCAAGGUCAGAAACUGGACACAACAUGAUGUAGAGCAGUCCAUCGCAGCCUUCCACCGCCUCAUUUCGAGCAUCGAGCUUCGCAUGCCGUCUGAUGAGAACCAAGUUCAUUCCCACCAUCGUCUAGAACCUCUAGAUUCUCAAAUACUAGAGCCAUUUAAGAUAAGCACCUUUGCGGUUAGAUUUCUAAGUACUGCGAAUCGGCCGGACUUCCCCUUUGUCGCACCCGGAAUCCGCGUGUUCACACCGCUCCUCCUCGACGAAAUCUACGGUGUCGAGGUACCAGACUCGAUACGCCGGACCCAUUGGCUGGGAGAUGAAGAAGACUGGCCGACGCUAAUUCUGCCCGGCGUUGACUCCGUACCUCACAAUGUCGACCAGAGCACAAACCAAAACAUCAACGCUUUCGACCAGAACUGGGGGUUCGGAAAGUUCACGGUCAAUCGCCAAAGCGGGCUCUACAUAGCGCCCGACACAAGCAACUCGGACCUGGUGCGUCUCGUUGCCAGCUCUGGGCUUUGCAGCGCUUGCGAGUUCCGGUCUCCGUGUCGAUGGGGUCCGCCUAGAGAUCCUCGACUCGCUGAAGUCUUCGAUCACUGGACGUCCCUGGUUGAAGAUGGUACAUGGGCGGUUGAUGCGAAUGGCGUUUCUACUGGUCACGAUUGGUUUACUAUACACACAUCGGUAGCUAAGAUAGCUCCUGUCGUAUGA